UUCUGAACCAUCUUGACAGCGAGACUAUUUCAUACUACAUUCUUCUCUUUCCCCCUCCAACCCAUUGUCAACUCCACACGACCUCGAGACUCUAUGCACGAUCAUUCACGAUGAUUGUCAAUCUCUCGGCUUUGGCGUUCGCCGCAAGCAUACUGUCCUCAAAUUCUCUGGUGCUCGCUCUAUCACCAGCAGAUAUUCCUUCCGAUACCCCAAUCUCGUCCCUCCUCGCAUCCGCCAAUGCGCAUCUUGCCAAAGGCGAAACGAACGACGCUCUUACAUAUUAUGACAUUGCCAUUUCUCGCGAUCCCGAAAACUAUCUCACAUACUUCAAGCGCGGUGCUACGUAUCUCUCUCUUGGAAGGACUGUUCAGGCCACCCAAGAUUUUAAUAAAGUUCUAACGAUUAAGCCUGGCUUUGAGGGUGCUCUAGUACAACGUGCGAAGAUUCACGCAAAGAACGGAGACUGGGAUGCGGCAAAGAAAGACUUCACUGCCCAUGGCAACUCAGAGGAGGAUCUGGCUCAACUCGAAGAGGCUAAGGGCGCUGCUCAUUUAGCAGUUGCCGCGGAGAAAAGUGGUAAUUGGGAGGAAUGUGUUUCGCAAUCUGGAGUCGCCAUCAUGGUUGCCAGCAAGAUGUUAUCAUUACGAAAGACGAGAGCCCAUUGUCGAUUUGAGCGAGGGGAGGUUCAAGAGGGCAUGAGUGAUCUCAAGCAUGUCUUGCAGAUGCAGCCAGGAAUGACCGAGCCGCACAUGCAGAUAUCAGCAAUUACAUACUACGGUUUGGCAGACUUGGAACAUGGUAUGGAUCAGAUGCGAAAAUGCUUGCACUCGGAUCCAGAUUCCAAGAAAUGUAAGAAGCUCUAUAGGCGGGAGAAGACACUGGACAAGCAAUUGGCGGCUAUCAAGAAGCAUAUGGAGAAGAAGCAAUAUGCCAGCGCUGUCAAGCUAUUACUUCCCGCUGGAGAGGACGUGGGCUUGGUUCAAGAUGUCAAAGAUGACGUGAAGGAGUUCCGAGAAGCAGGUACUAUUCCCGAACACGCUCCGAACGAACUCGAGUCUUCCAUUGUGCAGAUGGUUUGCGAGGCCUAUCAUGAAAUGAAAAAUUCCAAGAAGGCAGUGACUUGGUGUGAUGAAGCUCUUACCUUGGACGAACAUGCUCUCUACGGUCUACUCAACAAAGCACAGCGACAUAUGGAGGCUGAGAAUUUUGACGCGGCUAUUGCAUCACUCAAUGGGGCAAAGGAACACCAUCCUGGAGCACAACAAGUUAAUCAAUUGUUACAAAACGCCCAUACUGAGCUCAAGCGAAGCAAGACCAAGGACUAUUACAAGGUUCUUGGUCUGACUCGAGACGCUGAUGAGCUACAAAUCAAGUCCGCGUACCGCAAGAUGGUCAAGCUACACCAUCCGGACAAGGCUCACAAGCAGGGGAUUACGAAAGAAGAUGCAGAGAAGAAAAUGGCUCAGGUCAAUGAGGCAUAUGAAGUUCUCAGUGAUCCUGAGUUGAAGCAUAGAUAUGAUCAAGGCGAUGAUCCAAAUAACCAUGAACAACAACGCCAGCACCCAUUCCAUGGAAGUCCAUUCCAAGGAGGUAGCCCAUUUGGUCACGGAGGUGGUCAACAAUUCAGUUUCAAAUUUGGUGGUGGGGGUCCAGGAGGAUUCCCCUUCGGUGGUUGAUGAAAAGCGUACGUAUUGGCGUUGGUAUUGCUUUAGGAGUUAAGUUGGCGGCGAUCAACAAUAGUAUCAUAUCUUUGCAAUGUGCAUUGGAUAGAUAGCAUAAGAGUGUAUAAUAUACACAUGAGAGAACAAUAACAUAUAUCAC